AUGGUAAUAAAAGAAAAAUGUGAAACAAAAAAACUUAUCGUAUUACCUAUCGAUGAAGAAAUUAAUGCUGUCGUUUCGUCAUUCAUUCAUAUAUUUGAACAAACAGGUUAUAUCGAAUCAGCUCCUAAAUGCUACGAACGCCUGCAUAAUAUAGCUAAACUUAUUGUUUCAUCUUCUGUUAAUGAUGAAAAUGAAGAUGAAAAAACUGAAGAUGAUAAAAGUCAUAACGAUAAAAUUGAAUAUAAUAAAAGUAAUGAUGAAACAAUUGAAGAUGAUGAUAGAAAAUAUUAUAAGCACCAUAGUAAUUUUGAAGCUGAUGAAAGAAAAAAAAUGAAAAGUGAACCAUAUUGA